GUUUGCCCGGUCUAGCCUGCGCUCGAUGCGCGCCGCCGCCGGGGCAAGAAAUGGCGCCAUCAACCUCACCAAGCGCGCCGCGUCGUCCACAUCCACCAAUGCAAAUGCCGCUCAGGGCCGCGGGCUCAACAUCGCCGCCGCUGCCUCGACUGCUGCUGCCGUCAGCUCCAUCGCCUGGUACUACCACCUCUACGGAUCUGAGGCCCAUGCGAUGACACCUGCAGAGGAAGGCUUGCACGCUACCAAGUACCCUUGGGUGCACGAGCAGUGGUUCAAGACCUUCGACCACCAGGCGCUCCGCCGCGGUUUCCAAGUCUACCAAGAAGUCUGCUCGUCCUGCCACUCCCUCAGCAGAGUCCCUUACCGAGCCAUGGUUGGCACCAUUUUGACCGUCGACGAGGCCAAGGCGAUGGCUGAGGAGAACGAGUACGACAACGAGCCCAACGAUGAGGGCGAGAUCGAGAAGCGGCCGGGCAAGCUGUCCGACUACCUGCCCGCUCCUUACAAGAACGACGAGGCCGCUCGAUUCGCCAACAACGGUGCCCUGCCCCCAGAUCUGUCUCUGAUUGUGAAGGCUCGCCACGGUGGCUGCAACUACAUCUUCUCCCUCCUGACCGGUUACCCCGAGGAGCCUCCAGCGGGCGCUACAGUCGGUGCUGGUCUGAACUUCAAUCCCUACUUCCCUGGAACCGGUAUCGCCAUGGCUCGUGUCCUCUACGACGGUCUGGUCGAGUAUGAAGACGGUACCCCUGCGACGACGUCGCAGAUGGCCAAGGAUGUGGUUGAGUUCCUGAACUGGGCUGCUGAGCCCGAAAUGGACCAGCGGAAGAAGUACGGUAUGCAGGUGCUGAUGGUGACAUCUGUCCUGAUGGCCCUGAGCAUCUGGGUCAAGAAGUACAAAUGGGCCUGGAUCAAGACCCGGAAGAUCGUCUACGACCCACCAAGCAGCACUCACACACGGCACUAA